AUGGCAUUGCUGCAAGUGCAAUUGCAAUUUUAUCGUCUGCUCCAUUUCAGUGGCUGCCACGAAAUGAAACCGUCAAGUCAUCUAGCUGGUCUGCUGGUCAGCUGGCUCAGCAUUAGCUGUCUGGCACUGCAGACGCCUGACCAGCAACGUCUGCUGGUCAACGAAGUGGAGAUCGUCAGCAAGUUGUCCGAUGCACUGCACCUAAUACUGAUGGACAUCUGUGCGGCGCACAACAUGAGCGUCUUUGUGAGCACCCGGUACAGGGAGCAGCUGCCACUGGAACAACAGCAUAUUGUGGAACAAGUGCUGGAACGAGUGUUGAGUUUCGACAGCAAUGCUGCUCUGCCCAUUGUGAUGGACACUCUGCUGCACUCCGAUAUGAGAUUGAAUAUCAGGCUACUGGUAUUCUUUGUCCAGGAUGCACAACAGCUGGCAACAGCAGCAUUGCACAAUACACGCGGCGAUGCCAGGUACAAAUUCAAUAAUUUAAUUGUGCUACUAACAACAACGGAUGAUGCCCAGGAACAACAGGCGCAGAUGAGCCAAAUCUUUGACUUUCUUUUGCAUCGACGCUACAAUGUUAAUGCGCUGCUGUUGCUCGUGGACCCGCAGCUGGCCACAUUGGAUGCGUACACCUUCUGGCCGUAUAGAUCGCAACAGUCCUGCCUGUCCACCCAGCCAGUUCGCGUUUCACUGCGCAAUGCCCAAUUCAACGAUCUCUAUCCACAUAAGUUGCACAAUUUGCACGGCUGUCCGCUGUCCGCCGUUGCGUGGCACGUGCCACCGUAUAUGGAAGUGUAUCCGCAGAGCGACGAGGCCAUCAAAGAGAUUGCCGGCUUUGACGCGGAGAUACUGAAAGUGUUGGCGAGCAGGCUAAACUUUAGCUUGGUGCUGAUGCGGAACGAGCCGCCCGACUUGAUUGGUGGCGAAACCUUUUGGAACGGCACGAUGACUGGUGCUUAUCUCAUGCUCUCAGAGCAUCGCGCUAAUAUAACGAUCGGUUUCACUGCCUGCCAGCCAGCACGUUCCAAGUAUUUGGCCAGCACUCAGCCGUACAACCAGCUAGAGUUCGUACUGGUGGUGCAUGGGGCGCAAUCAUAUAGCUCCUAUGAGAUCAUGCUGAUGCCCUUCAACACCAACGUCUGGCUGCUGUUGGUCGCCAUGGUUGGACUGCGUCUGCUUUGUCGGCUGCGGGGCUGGCAAUUGAUAUCGCCGCUGCACAUUGGCUGGCUCUACAGUCUAUUUCUGUUCCGCAUCUGUUACGAGAGCUCCGUGUUUAUGUUUGUGCAAAAUAGACCAAUGCGACCGCUGCCCGAGUCACUGGAGCAGGCACUGGAGCUGGAUUAUAGCUUAGUUGUGCCACACAGAACUUAUCACGUAGUGCAGCAUAUGCCCUCGCUGUUAUCGCGCACAACCAUUCUGCCAGGCAAACCGGUGAACAUGUUCGAUCAGCUGCUAGCCAUGCCCGCAGAUAGACAGAGACGCACCGCUAUCAUCAGCACUCAGCAUUAUUUUCGCUACUAUCUUGCCACUACAGCAACUGGUGAGCGGCUUGACGAUCCGCAUCUUGUGCAGGUGAAAGAAAAGUUCAGGAAUAGUAUGGUCUGUAUGCACUUUCCACCGUCCUUCUAUAUGACCGGUGUCUUUAAUCAAAUGCUCUUCAAUAUGCGCUGUUCCGGAAUUACCCAGCAUAUAUCCGAUCGGACCAAGUGGUCACGUUUGAAUCCCAUGCAUAGCAGCACAUCGCAGACGAAUGUCCUCGACCAUGAUAAGUCCAUGAGCUUUAUCUAUACCGCAUUCUUUUGCCUCUUGCUGGUUGAGGCUCUCACAAUUGUCGUCUUUGCUUUGGAGCUGCUUAGUCAGCGUUGGCCACGUGGCUGGUUAUCCUCAAUCUUUCGGCAACUUUAG